AUGCCCACAUACUCUAGCCUUUACUCGAAUUUCGUCCGUCAAGGAUCAACAUUCGCAAAGUCUAUCACAACACACGGUUACGCUCAAUCCGUUGUUGCUGCCGCUCACCCUCACGUCCUCAACUCUCAGAACCGACCUAGCUUUGUACGACGAAAGACCAACCGACUUGGUCGCUUCUCUAACCUUCAGCUUCAUUCUGCCUUCCACACUGAGCGCACAGCAUCUUCGGGCCUCCCGUCCGUUGAGCAUCGCCCUGCCCAGAACCAUGGAGGUCUAGACGCGUACUUCGAGGCCCUACAGCACCAGCAGGCCACCGGUGAAAUCGAUUCCGAAUGGACCCAAUUCGACUUUCAGAAGAGCAUUGAAUGGAAGCCAACUCCUGCUUCCAUUCUGACCAAGGACCAGGGACUUUCUAAAGAUGUUCUCGAGGAGGCCUUGAUUGAGGAUGCUGAGGUCAAAUCGAACCUGUCGAUCGAGGAUCAGGCAGCCCUUGCGCAUAUCGAUGCUGCGCUCGAGAGGGAGAUCGAGGUACGGAGUUUACAGGAAGCAGCUGAGAAUGCUGCUUCUGAAGGACGACCCUUGUCUGGUCUUGGCUUCAAGUCACGAUCCCCAGUGAUUUCAAGGUCCCAAACUCCAGCAAGUGUCGCUCGCAGCUUCACUCCUACUGUGGACCCUCAGUCCCUGACUUAUGCCGACCAUCUUCACAAGCUCGCUGAGAAUGGCCGAUAUGUUGAAAUCCCCGCAGUCUUUGAGGCAAUGCUGGCGACUGGCGUGCAGCCUAUCGCCGGUGCCUACAAUGCUCUCCUCCUGUCGGCUAUCCAUAUCCCUAUGAAGAAGAUCGAGAUUGUAUCAAAGGCUCUCGACGUUUAUGCCGACAUGCUUAGGAGAAAGGUCUCGCCAGAUGCCGAGACUUUCAACAUUCUCGUUGGGCUUCUGGCAUCCCGAUGCCUCGAGGUCGCGGAGCUGAAGGCUGCCUUGGAGGCCAAGCGAGUUCGGUUUGGUGGCAUGGACCAGGUUGGCCAAUUCAUGCUUGCGUCUCACGAACUCGAGCAUGCCAUUCUUUGCGAGGACGACCGUCUCGAUCUCGCAAUUCAGUUGUUCGACACUUCAGUCAACACUGAUGCCGCCAACUUCACCGCCGAGACUUACCACCAGCUUAUUACGGCCUGUGCCAAAGACGGACGCGUCGAUGACAUGCUGCGUCUUUACGAGCACAUGGAGGGAAGCCAAAUCGUCCCUUAUGCUGCUUUGUUUCCCACCAUGAUCACUGCUUUCGCCUCGUCCGGAGAUCUGGUCAGUGCUGUUGAAUGCUACAACGAAUACCGCAACCUUGCCAUUGCCCACGACGAUGGAGAGACUACUCUCAAUGAUCGACUCGAUGCUGAGGUUUAUGCCGCGGUUAUCAAUGCCUACGUGGUCACUGAUAAGAUCGAAGGCGCCAUGAAGUUCUUUCAGAAGAUUGUCGACCAAUAUGGUGUCCGUGCUGCUGAUAUUAAGGAUGCUCUGAUUACCACCGGUUUCGUCAAGGGUUUAAUCACCCGUGGUAUCUACCAGGAGGCUUUGGAAUGGGCUCGAUCCGUCGCGGAUGAAGCUCGUGCCAAGGCCAUGAGUGAGAUUGCAACUAUUGCUGCCGACAAGGGUGAUACAGACACCGCUGUCGCAGCCUACAGUGCCAUGCCUCCUUACGCGGACGAUUUGAUCACUCCCGCCACCGCUCUCCUCGCUAUGAAUGUCCGUCAGACCGAUGUUGUUGGUGCCUCCAAGUACUGGCAAGUUCUAUGCAACCCCGGUGUGCAGGUGGAUCUUACUUUCAUCGAGCCUACAGCCAUGUAUGCCGUGGCCAUGAUUGGCUCUGGCCGAGUUGCCGAGGGACUGGCACAGUCCGAGAUGAUGUUCCAGCGUAUUCGUGCCUCUGUUUCUCAGACUCAACCUCAUCUUGUCGAGGAGGUCGAUGAGGGAGUCGAAUUCGUCACUCGAUUUAUGGAGACUCGUGGCAUCCCCGAUCCCCGCGAGAUUGCUUCUCAAGUUGCCAGCUUCCAGCCUAUGACCGCUUCUUAUCUGUCGACUCCUGCAGUUUCCACCUUCGAGGAUACCUACGACCCUUACGCCAGCAACACCGACUUCAAGGGAUCCUCCCUUAUUGCGGACGAUCUUGAGGGUAACCAUGGCCGCAAGGGGCCUCGUCUUAGUGAGGCACUGAACCGAUUCCGCAACAUUCGACGUGCUGGCCGACAUCCUCGCUACAUUACCUAUGCUAAGCUUAUUUCUGCUGCUGCUCGGGAUGGCAAGUUCGAUCUCUGCCAUGACAUUCUCAGCAUGGCUCGCACUGAUAUGCCUAUCAUGCCCCAGUAUGCUGUUGUUCGCUAUGGAUGGUCUAGCAUUCUUGAUGCCAUGGUCGGCGCUUGUUUGACCGUGGGCAACCGUGGGCGAGCUGAGCAAUUUCACCAGGAGCUGUUGGAAAUCGGCGCCAGCCCUUCUGCCAACACUUUCGGUCUCUACAUCACCACGCUCAAGGAUUCGACUAAGACUUUUGACGAGGCUUCCGAGGCUGUCCGUAUCUUUCACCGGGCGAAGGCUGAAGGUGUCGAACCCAGCUCAUUCUUGUAUAACGCUCUCAUUGGUAAGCUCGGAAAGGCUCGCCGCAUCGACGACUGCCUUUUCUACUUUGCUGAGAUGAGAGCUCUUGGAAUCAAACCUACAUCGGUCACCUAUGGUACCAUUGUCAAUGCACUCUGCCGAGUCAGUGAUGAAAAGUUUGCCGAAACACUGUUUGAUGAGAUGGAGGCGAUGCCCAACUACAAGGCUCGUCCUGCACCUUACAACAGUAUGAUGCAAUUCUUCCUGACCACAAAGCGAGAUAAGACAAAGGUUUUGGCUUACUACGAACGCAUGAAGGCCAAGGGCAUUGCCCCUACCGCCCAUACCUAUAAGCUUCUGGUCGAUACUCACGCUACCCUUGAUCCUGUUGACAUGGAUGCUGCCGAGGAGGUUCUUGGUAUGAUUCGUGCCUCUGGUCAACGCGUCGAACCUGUUCACUAUGCUUCCCUCAUUCACGCCAGGGGAUGUGUUCUCCACGACAUGGAAGGUGCCAUGAAGAUGUUCGAUUCUGUUGUCAAGGAGUCUCUUGUCCCCAUCAGUGCCAGCUUGUAUCAGGCUCUGUUUGAGGCCAUGGUUGCCAACCACCAGGUUGCUGCUUCUGAGCCUGUGCUUGCUCACAUGCGAAGCAAAGGCGUGGAAUUAACCCCUUACAUUGCCAACACCUUGAUCCAUGGCUGGGCUGCUGAGAAGAAGAUUGAGAAAGCUCAAGGUAUCUAUGAUACUGUUGGCCGAGAGAAGCGCGAGCCUAGCACAUACGAGGCUAUGACCCGAGCUUAUCUAGCUGUUGAGCAGCGAGAGGAGGCCAAGGGUGUUGUCGGUGAGAUGCUCACCCGCGGCUAUCCCAGUGCUGUCGUCAACAAGGUCCUGGAGCUUCUUGGUGGAGGACAUGAUGUUUCGGAGUAG